GUGAACAUGUUUCUCACAUGUUGUUCUGCAUACUAUGAACUCCGGAAGAUCAGCUCCAUUCGUCAUACUCUGUUCAUCUCAACCCCCGAAAUUCUCGGCUGCUCAUUCUUUCAGUCUAGACUACUGCAACUCUCUUCUUGCUGGCUGUCCACGGUCCCUCAUUGAUUAGCUUCAGAAAGUUCACAACUCGCGAUCAGCUGCUCGCCUAGUUUACCGGACUCGCAAGUGUAAACACACCACUUCUUCGCUGUCUUCAUUGGCUGCCGGCUAGAAUAGACUACAAACUCUCAACUCUAUGCUAUGGAUUCUUUGAAGGCUCCUCCCCGCUCUUCGCCACUUUAAUCUUGUCCGUCCACACGUACUCCUGUCCCAAGCCUUCACUCAUCAGACUCGUCCCUCCCCCUAUUAUUCCCCCUUUCGCUCUUUUAAUUAGAAAAGCUGAAAGCGAGAGAUCACAUGACUGGUCAUGUGGUCAGAACAUAGGGACGACGUUUGUGUUCAGCAUUAGGUCCACAAAUCCUCGCCUUCAACUCGACGUGAAUGAACUCUCAGUAAAUUAAGUGUAUGCUUAAGCAUGAUGUUUCUUGUGUGGAUGAGUCUGUACAGCUUUUGCCUGUUGGUGUCGUCUACAUCUGAACAAGGGAUCAGAAAAUCAGCCUCGAAAAACGUUCUUGUGCUUGUGGGUGAUGAUGCUGGUUUUGAAACUCAGGUGUAUAACAACACCAUCUGUCGAACACCAAACCUGAAUGAACUAGCACAUCGAAGCUUAAUCUUUAGAAAUGCAUUUACGUCUGUCAGCAGCUGUUCACCUAGCAGAUCUGCCAUUCUGUCUGGACUGCCUCAGCAUCAGAAUGGCAUGUAUGGGCUACACCAGGGAGUUCAUCACUUCAAUUCCUUUGAUGGUGUGCAGACUUUGCCUCUCAUUCUUCAUAAGAACAACAUUCGCACUGGUGCUUUCUUGCUCUUCUUUCUGAAGGAUUAUUGGAAGAAGCACGUGGGGCCAGAUUAUGUCUACCCAUUUGACUUCGAAGAGACUGAGGACCAGCACCCAAUUCUUCAGGUGGGACGCAACAUCACCUUCAUGCGUCUGCUUGCACGCCAGUUUCUUCAGAACAACUCUGAUGUCAGACCAUUCUUUUUAUACAUUGGGUUUCAUGACCCACACCGUUGUGGCAGUGUCACACCUCAGUAUGGAGAGUUUUGUGAAAAGUUUGGUAAUGGAGAGCCAGGAAUGGGCACUAUACCAGACUGGAAACCUGUGAUCUAUGACCCCAGUAAGGUUGUGGUGCCCUACUUUGUGCAGGAUACACCAGCUGCACGUGAGGACAUUGCAGCACAGUACACAACUAUUAGUCGACUUGACCAAGGUGUUGGUGUCAUCCUGGAGGAACUGAAGAUGGCUGGACACCUAAAUGACACUUUGGUUAUUUUUACCUCUGACAAUGGCAUUCCUUUCCCAAAUGGUCGCACAAACCUUUUUGAUCCUGGUAUGGCAGAACCAAUGCUGAUUUCUUCACCAUUCCAUCCAUCAUCAUGGGAAAAGGAAACAAAUGCAAUGACUAGUCUCUUGGACAUUGUACCCACUGUGCUAGAUUGGUAUGGUCUGCACUAUCCCACCUAUACACUAGAGGGCACCACUGUCAAACUGACUGGUCAGUCUCUUCUGCCACUUCUCAGUGACAGUAGGUUGUCCUAUGAUGAAGUUCAUACAGCAGUGUUUGCCAGCCAUAAUCUGCAUGAAGUCACCAUGUUCUACCCGAUGAGGGUUGUACGAACCCUGCAGUUCAAGCUCAUUCACAACCUUCAUUUCAAGAUGCCUUUUCCAAUUGACCAGGAUUUCUUUGUUUCACCAACAUAGGAUAUAUUAAACCGAACAGUAAACAAGCAACAGCUUCCCUGGUAUAAGACGCUUCAGCAAUACUAUUAUCGCCAACAGUGGGAACUGUAUGACCUGGCACAAGAUCCAAAGGAAGUUACUAACUUAGCAUAUGAUGAGAAGUAUGCUGCAAUAUUUGCAUCAUUAAAACAGAGGCUUCUGUCCUGGCAGAACUUAACAUCAGAUCCAUGGAUUUGUGCUCCAGAGGCAGUGCUAGAAUAUCAGGGUCUGUAUAAAGAGCACCCUCAGUGCCUUCCCUUGUACAACAACCUGGACUUACACCUUGCAGAUUUGGCUUCUAAGGAUCAGUGGGAGCCAGAAGUCAAAGACCAAUGGAAGAAUAUUUGAUGGUUUUACUGAGUGAGAUGAUAACAUUAACAGAUUAUGGGGCUUUAAAAUGCAUAAGACAAUGAAUUUAUCAAAAAUGGUUUUGUUAUAAAUGGAGUCAUUGUUCAGGGUAUUAGGGAAAGAUUGACGCUGAAGAUAAAACUUAUUUUGAUAGCUUCAGACAUUCUAAGGAUAUAUGUCAUUAGAGACUCAAACUACUAUUGUCUUUCAGUGGCAUAGGAACUAGGAAGGGGGGCAGCUGCCCCCUCCAAAAAGACAAUGAGGAGGCAAUAAUGUGAAUGUAGUUCGCUGUUAGCAUAGAGUUUGCCCCACCAUCCACCCCCAAGGCUGAGCAUCUUCUUACGCCACUGUCUGUAGCUGGCUGCCUUGUGCCAAAUGCAUGACUAACAUAUCAGUGUAAAACACUUGCGAUUAUAAGUAUGAACUAAAUCACAUUAUAAUCUUGCUACUCAUCUUGUUAAAUGCUGCACAUUCAUAGGAACAGACAUUUAUGUCUGUGUGAGAAUGACUGCAUUGCAUGCACAUGCCCUCAUACUGGUAUAAACACAAGCUUGCACAUGCACAAACAUACAAACAAUUUUAGAAAAGUAUUAACUUCAUUAGUCCUUCAAACACUUUUUGCAGUUAAUACAAUGUAAAUUUACAUGUUUUUUAUUGAUCAUAAUAGCAAUUUCUUGUCAGCAUCCUGUCACUCUCCUUCCUUACACAGUUUAUAAAUUACCAAAGAUUCUAUAUAAUGUAUAAUUUUUCUAAUUAAAAUACACUUAAAAUUU